AAUGUUUCGCACCAGGUCGUAAACGGAGGCCUAGGGGUAAAGUUGAGAAGGUCUUGAGGGAGACCCUUAUUGAAAUUAAUGGCCAGGAGCUUAGGGCUCUCAUAGACACGGGCAGCAUGCAGACUUUAGUGCGUAGGCAAUAUGUACCAUCUAACAUGAUAUGCUCUGAGGAGACUGUCCCUAUUUGUUGUGUGCAUGGGAAUGAGAGGCCUUACCCCACAGACGAUCUUUACAUAAAGGUACAAGGGCAGCUCUAUCUUUUGAAGGUGGGGGUUGCUGAUAACCUGCCAUAUCCGGCUGUGCUUGGCCAUGACUUACCGGUGCUCGUUGACUUACUGAUUCCGAGCCAAAGUUGUAAUGUGGCCAUCACAAGAGCACGAGUGAGACAGCAAGAGGAUUCCUCUCAAACUCUUAGCACCCUGCCCUUUUACGAGGCCGACUUGGAUGUAGGGCCAGGGAAGCCCCACAAGACACGUCGCCAGAGAAGACAGGAUAAGUUUCUGCGCACAGCGGUAGAUCCAUCAGGUGAGCUGACCCCAGAGCUGCCUUUAGGUUUUAAUCUCCCUACGGAUGUGGUUCAGAUGCAGCAAGGGGACGCGAGCCUGGUUCCCUGUUUUCAAAAAGCUCUAGAGGCAAGGAAUGCUCAGAUUCGGCAAGACGGUGGCAGUGAAGGCAGAUUUUUCGAGCAAAACGGUGUCCUGUAUCAGCAGAUUGGGCAAGUCAAGCAGUUGGUGGUUCCCCAAACAGCCAGAGAGACAGUACUCGUUUUAGGUCAUUCAGUUCCCUGGGCCGGCCACCUAGGGAAACAUAAAACCAUAGCCCGGAUUCAACGCAAUUUUUAUUGGCCCGGUUUACGGGCAGAGGUCGGUCCUCAGUUUUGUAGGAGUUGCCCUCAAUGCCAAAGGACUGCACCCAGAGGACUGGCUCGAGUCCCCCUCCAACCUCUGCCCAUUAUUGGAACUCUGUUUGAUUGUCUUGGAAUGGACAUUGUGGGCCCUGUAGAAAGGAGCAAAUCUGGGUAUCGUUUCAUGUUGGUAAUUACUGACUAUGCCACAAGAUACCCGGAGGUCUUUCCUUUAAAAUCAAUCAUAGCCAAGUCUGUUGCAUUCUGUCUGGUGCAGUUUUUUUUCCAGGGUGGGGUUUCCCCGGGAGAUACUCACGGAUCAAGGAACCAACUUUAUGUCCAAACUGCUAAAGGAGGUGUACCAACUGCUAGGCAUCAGAAGCCUGCGGAUUACGCCCUAUCAUCCACAAACGGAUGGGUUAACUGAGAGGUUCAAUCAGAC